AUGCCAACAUCGGUAUGUGUCUGGCUUACACGCCAGGGCUCAGCAGAGUCCCAGAAGCUAACGGCAUCCAACCACGUACAUACAGCUCUCUGUUCCUCAACAGCACUCUUAGUUCCGUACUCAUCAUGGCAUGUACCUCGUUAUCAUGAAUGGAUGAAAGAUCCGGUAAGUCACUCUCGCUCCCCAGGUGGAGGGACGGGGGUGCCGAAACCAGCCAGUCAAGAUGAAAGCCUGACGCGUCUACAGGAAAUCCAAGAAGCAACUGCUUCAGAGCCGUUAUCUAUAGAAGAAGAAUACUCAAUGCAACGCAGCUGGCGUCAAGAUGCUGAUAAAUUGACCUUCAUCGUCUGCCGGGCCAUAACCACAGGCGACGAAGACGACAUCCCCAGCCAAAGAAAGCUUCAGGCUGAGAGUGACUCGCCAUCUAACAUGGUUGGCGACAUCAAUCUGUUCCUGCGGAUCGAUGAUGGUGACGACGGCGAUAGCCCGCCCCAGAUCGUCGGCGAGGUCGAGCUUAUGAUUGCCGAGAAAGUCAACCAGCGACGGGGCUUUGGGCGUGCAGCCCUGCUCAUGUUCAUGAGAUAUAUUGUUGAGAGACAGGGCUCGAUCCUGGAUGAGUUUGUGGGUAGCGGAGACGUUGACGUGGAGACGGUGAGGAAGUUGAGGACUGGCGUUGAAGCGUCGGGGUCAUCGGAGGGUCUGGAAUUAGAGUGUUUGAGUGUCAAGAUUGGACACACGAAUUCAAAGAGCUUGGCUUUGUUUGAGUCUACGGGGUUCGAGAAAUGUUCAGAGGAGCCGAACUUCUUCGGCGAGUUCGAGCUACGGCGCAAGGAUUUGAGUCUGGGGAGUGUUGAUGGGGCACUGGAGAAGGCUGGUGUCAAGGGCUUCAUUGCGCUGCCAUAUGAACGUACGGAAUAG